GUGUCGAGUUCCGAGGCCUCGGUUCAUUUCCGAAGCUUCUAACCUUAUCGAUAGCUCUAUUUGGACUUCUGGCAACACAUACAGCCUCUUGCAGGACUCUCUACAUGGAGCUGAGACAACAACUAUGAGUCGCUUCUAUUUCGGCGACGACUCGCGUUCCGCAUCCAGCGACAACGAUAAUGACGACGAAGACAACCUCUCCACUCUCCCAUUCGCGACGCCCCUACGCCGAUCAGAUUUCCUCGCCCCGAACUUCUCACCUGCAACGUAUCUCUCUACGCUACACAACCGGCACCAGACUCUCGAAGACCUGCGUUCGGAACUGCGGUCGCGGUCGCAGCUUCUCUCAAAAGAGCUGUUAGACCUCGUCAACAGCAACUACCAAGACUUCCUCAAUUUGGGCAACAGUCUACAUGGCGGCGAGGAAAAGGUAGAAGGAGCGCGAGUAGGACUGCUGGGGUUCAGGAAGGAAGUUGGUGGCAUGGCCGGUGUGGUGGGGAAGAGAGAAGAAGAAGUCGGGGAAUUGCUACAAGAAAGGAGAGAUGUUAGAGCCAAGAUUGACUUGGGGAGGCGUCUGGUCGACUACGACGCUAGGCUCAAAGAAUUGGAGGCCGAACUUUUGAUUGAGACGGCGGGGCACGAGACGAUCAUCCUCGGAGAAGAGGUCUCGGAUAGCGAGGACGAGGAAGAUGAAGAUGAGGAAGAAGAGGGUUACGGUGUGUCGGUUGCAAAGUUGAGGCGGAACGUCGUGCACUACCGAUUAGUGGUAGGAUUGCAGAAAGAGUUGGGCGAGCAUCCAUUCGUGGCAGCCCAGGCAGCCAGAAUCGCAAAGGUGCGGAGUACCUUGUUGAUGGACCUGAGUACUGCAUUGCAGCAGGCCAAGACUGCUAAUAAGCCUGACGCUGGUCGCGUGAUGAAAGUCAUGAAGAUCUACGCGGACAUGGAGGAAUCUGCUGAGGCAGUCAACGUCUUCAAAACACUCAAGUCACCAUAAGAGAAGAUAUUGUCCAGCAUAGCGACGGCGUUCGGUAUGGUACAUUGGUCAUACACCCCAGAAAGCUACAUUUACAAAGGUCCGCUCAACUCCUUUGGUGAUAUCGAGUCCGGUCCUUUAUAGUCCCCGCUCAACGUAAAACCGGGUGCGUUCGUCGAACUAAGCACCACCUCGUG